CGUUACCCGCUCAAUGAGAGACUACAUUCACACCUACGUACCUUCACCAACGUGGUACGAGUCAGGCUGAAGAUGGGUUGUUCUAUGUACUUGGUAUCAAUAUCAAUCGUGUUUCUUCUUCCUGCAACGUGUUCAUGGGACCACAAUCCGAAUUACAAAUAUGAACAGAUGCCAGCCAUCCUUCCAGUAGAUCAAGUUGCAGCGCAGAAUGUACCUGAGCACCAAGGAUCUGCAACCUCAGGAUCUACAGAUAAUUUGGUGGUCCCAAAGCAAAGCCAGAAGCGGGUGAGGAGAAGAGUUGAUUCUUCCACUUCAGAUCGUCCAGGUACUAUAAUCCAAACACUCUUUCGCAACCCUCAGACUGCUUCUCUGUUGAUGGCCGCAGUGGGAGUCAGUGAUGUGUCAAGUUUAUUAGAUAACGGCGGAGAGACACAGUUUCAAACGUUGCUGUCGACACUGGAGGAGGUGUUCUCAGAGGUACAGUAUUUCCUGAGUCCAGAGGGUCUUGAGAGCGAGGACCGAUGUACAGCUGACGUCAGCGCCUAUCUCAAGGGCGUGGGACAGGGUCAGGUGUGGGCCUUGCAAAUGUUGGAUGCCUCAGGCAAGCCUGGCAGAAGCAUUCUCCAAGGGGCGUCGACGUUUUUGGGUAACUACGACGAAUGUCUACGUGUGUCCCACCCCGUAGCUAACCGGAGCGCUGGUUCUGAUCGGGUAAUCAAGGGCAACUACUGCCACUUCGUCUUCACCAUGCCGUCAUCAAUCAGCAACCUAACAAAUGGAAAGAUGCCCUUCUCAGCUGGUCAGCCGAUAAUUCAGUGGGACCUUUGUCUUCCUGCGUCCUGUAAUAACAGCGCAGUGACUGACGCCGCCACAAACUUGGUAAAGAAUAUCACUGGUGUUUCUCUUAUCACUGCGUACUUCACAAGGCUCUCUGACUGGAAGGAAGACGGCACGGCUGUGGCUGCAGUAUUCGUCAUCUGUCUUGUGAUCGCUGUAUCUCUUGUUGGGACACUCUAUGACAUCAUUACUGCCGAGGCUGAGCGCCACAGACAGAAAUAUAACGACAAAGUCGAUGGCAGCAACGACAGCGGUGCAUUAAAUAACGAAGCCUACGUCAUCGACAAUGAUAGUCUACAUGAAAAGGAGAUCAGUCACGCAUCUGAUGGAUUACCAAGAAUUAGAAUGGAGAAGAUCUUCCAUGCACGACAAAAGGAAACCAGUGGUUUGGGUCGUCAACUCCUGCUGUCGUUCUCCAUCAGCAGGAACACGGAGAAGAUCCUCAGUACCAGGACAGGGGAUGGAAACCUGGGCUGUAUCCAUGGCAUCCGGGUACUCAGUAUGGCCUGGGUCAUCCUCGGACACUCCAUGACUUGGGACAGCUUGAGCACAUGGGAAAACAAGCUCGACUAUGCCAACUGGAUGAGGCGGUUCACAAUGCAGUUUCUUGUCAAUGGAACUCUGGCGGUGGACACAUUCUUUGUACUCAGCGGCUGCUUGUUGACCUUCUUGUUCCUGAGGGAGUGUGAGAAGUCCGCCAGAGGGAAGCCUACAGCCAGACAGAUGGUCAUCUACUACAUCCACCGAUGGUGGAGAUUAACUCCAGUAUAUAUGUUCAUCAUCCUGUUCUACAGCGGACUGCUGGGUCAUCUUAUUCAAGGACCAGUUGCUGAAUCCAAGAUCCUUUUGGAAAGGGACAACUGUCGAGACAACUGGUGGACUAACAUACUUUAUAUUAAUAAUUUCUACAGCUUUAAAGAAAUGUGUUUCCCUGCUUCCUGGUUUCUGGCGGCGGAUAUGCAGUUCUAUAUGAUCGCUCCUCUUGCCUUACUGCCUAUUGCAUUUGGGAUUCGCUGGCUUGGAUACAGUGUCAUGUGUCUCUUCGGAGCGGUCCAUAUUGGAAGCUACGGUUACUUGGAAUGGAAGUAUGGAGGUGCCACCCAGUUUGUGGGUAAUGGUGACUCCAUGGACAAGAUCUACCCCUUACCCUGGUGCCGCGUGGGCGUGUUUGCUGUCGGCAUGGUCCUUGGAGCCAUCUUACAGAGGACCAAGGGUCAUAUCAGGAUACCAAGAUAUGUUCUGGUGCUUGGAUGGCAGGUGGUUCUCGCCGUAGGGUUAUUGUGUACCUAUGUGACGUACGAUGACUUCGGCGAGGGUCAAACUCCAUGGGACGUGGAUACACGGAUUGUACACGAGACCCUGUACAGACCACUGUGGGGGGUGUUUGUGUCCUGGGUGAUACUAGUGUGCUGCACAGGACAUGGGGGUUUCGUAAAUAGUCUCUUGUCCUGGUCUGCUUGGAUCCCACUGGGUAGAUUGACGUACGGGGCCUAUCUCGUCCACCCAGUACUUCUCUCAUACACCGAGUUCUCUGUGAGGUCUCUGAGAUAUGCUGAUAUUCCUUAUGUGAGUUAUCACUUCCUGGGAACAUUCAUCGUGUCCUAUGCCUUGUCCUUCUUUAUAUGUGUCCUAGUGGAAUCUCCGUGUCUCGGGCUGGAGAAGGCCGUUCUUGGCAAACUGAAGAAGUGAGACAAUCUCUGACAUCCUCGAUAAUGCAGGGCGCUACAUCCAUUGUAACGAUAACUACCUUGGAUCCAUACGCAACAACAACUUCAAUCAGCACGGUAUUGUUAUUUUAAAAUCGCUCUCACAGUGUGAAAGAAGGCGAAUUCUGAAUAAGCGACAGGCGAGAUGGAAUCAUCGAAACGGAAUCACGAUGACCAAUAGUUCAGGGUUCAAGUAUAAUAAUGGAUUGAUAUACUUUACCUGGGUAAUCAACCAUGUAGUCUCAAAUGCUUUACAACAGGUAUAAAUUUAUAGACUGUAAAUAAUUGAUGAUGUUAAAGGUUUACAUCUAUUCUAUUAAGGAAGCGUAUUCAAGAAAACGCAAAGAACCUUAUUAAGCACACCCUAUAUUUUUGCAAUGAUACUAUCAGGUUUUCAACACGUACAUAAAACCGCUCGUGGUGAACACAUGGAAAGCCAUGAGCCUUGCUAACCCGUAUGUUCCUUUGACUCAUAAAAACGACAAAAUGAUUGGAAUCCUUGUUCAUUUUAUGAUGAUAAUUGCUCAUUUUAAAAAACACUGAUUUUCAUUUUAAAAAAUGCCUUUGUGAAUGUGCAUAUUCAAAAUGUCAUUUUGCGUGUCUUACACGAUUCAAGAUCAAUACCGAAUGUAAAUGACAGCCAACACUCUCCUCCUCAUACCCCCUGGUCCUCUGAAGGCGCAGUCAACGUCAUUUCUCAUGUAAAGCAGCUUCCAAUUGGGCCAGGUUCUGUACAGGAGGAUCCCUUUGUUGCACACGACGACCAGUCAUAUCACAGAUAUGCUCCAAAGGGUUAAGAUCGGGGCUCAUUCAAUCGUGAGAUAUGUCAGGGGGUGCUUAACUAAGUUUCUUGUGUAUGUAUUGUUUUGUAAAUACAUAUAUUGUGAUGCUGAAUUUCAAACGACUGGCGCAUUUUAGUGAAGGAAUUUCUAUACAGGUACCAAUUUGUCAGUUAUUGCAGAUGAAGUCAUUUAAAGGCAUUUCAAAUAGACAGUUACGUAAAUGAGAUACAAACAUCUAUCUCACUAGUUCUCUAGUAUUGGGUCGCUCGUUCUGUGUUCAUGUUUGUGAGUAAUUGUAAAUACUGUCCCAGUAUGUGAAACAUGUGUUUUAUCUACAUCUUUUUACCCUUCUUUAAGUGGCAUUUAUGAAGAGGAACACUUUUUUAUGGAUAGAAAACUUCUUGUUGCAAUAGAUGCCUUCAGCUUUGUACCCAUCUUUCUUCGUGGUAUAUAUUUUGACAUCAUUCAUUUCCUAAGUUUCCUGAUAAAGGUAAAUGCAAGAGUGAGUGAGUUUAGCUUUACGCCGCUUUUAGCCAUAUUCCAGCAAUAUCACUGCGGGGGACACUAGAAAUGGGCUUCACACAAUGUACCCAUAUGGAAAUCGAACACGGGCGUUCGUCGUGACGAGCGAACGCUUUAGCCACCGGUCUACCCCACCGCUCUGAAUGCAAGAUAUCGAUCAUCAUGAAAGUAUCAAAGCCCUACAAACUUACUGAAAGUUAAAUGUUAAGAAAGGCAUUGGUUUAUCUACUUUAAUACCUGUAUCAUUCAGGUAAUUCUCGUACAAAUUAUCGAUUUUAUUAUUUUGUUCAUAAAUUAGGAACAUACUAGGACUUAAAAAGCACUUGCAUGUGUUCCGAUCAAUCUUAAACUCAGAUCAGAUCCCGUGUUAGGUGUAUCAUCUUGUGGUGUUAACAUAAUUAGUCCCAAAAUAUAUAUAAUUGAUACAAGUCACAACUCAACAUUGUCCUUAUACCGCACGUUAGAGGUUCCAACGUUGAACAUAUACUUAUUGCUUUAGUGAGUGAGUUAAGUUUUACGCCGCUUUUAGCAAUAUUCCAGCAAUAUCAAGGCGGGGGAGCAGAAAUCGGCUUCACACAUUGUACCAUGUGGGGAAUCAAGCGACGCUUUAACCACUUGGCUACGCUAUCGCCUAACGUAUUGCUUUAAUAAAGCAAUUAUGCAGAAAAAUUGUUUCAUACAAAGUGUAUCCAAGUGAAGUGAAGAAAAAAAAUGUGAAAAAAAAAAAAGAAUUAUGCAGAAAAAUGAACAGUCUCCAUGCAGUUGAUAAAUAUCUACACGGGCACCUGUUUUCGCAAAGCGUUCGAAGCACUAAGACGAUCGAAACUUUCAUGUUUUAUAGACAGUAGAAGUUCCACGAUCGUUUUAAGAAAGAAGUCAUGCAAUAAUGGCAUUCUCUUUUAUCGAUAUACGAUUUGAUACGAGUUAAUAAAGAGUAUGUAUUGAUUAAUUCA